CAGCUAAGCUCUGCAAGUUCCCAUUUUGUCCUUGUGUUAUGUUUUUUUCAUCUGCCUAACUUCUUCCUUUUAUAUAUACACACAUACACAGAGAGAGAGCGAGAGAGAGAGAGAGAGAGAGAUAGGAUACAAAAACUAAAUUAAAGAUUGUUUCUUUCUUUUUCUCUUGGCUUAGCGCGAGCAUUGAAUCGAUAUCUCCUGUUUAAAACCCAGAUAACAUAUCACCUCGGAAUCUUCUUUCAUGACUGGUUCUUAAGUUUCUUGCAGUUGAUAUAUUGGAACUCGGUGUUUUCGUGGACUUGGGUGAAUAAAUAUGCCUGGAAUUGUUAUGGAUGGAAUUAACGAGGAAGCGAUAGUGAAUGAAAUGAACGGAAAUUCAGUGCCGAUGAAGGAAAAUUCUGUGCCUAAUAAGUCCCCUAGGAGUGCAUCGAGCCCCCACGGCCUUCACAGUGCUGGCCUAGACCCUCCUGUUGAUGCAGUUGCUGUUCAUGGUGUGGCUGUUGAUGGGGUGGUUGACACGUCCAUUGAGCAGCUUUAUGAGAAUGUAUGUGAUAUGCAGAGUUCUGAUCAGUCCCCCUCUAGGCAUAGCUUUGCAUCUGAUGGUGAAGAGUCUAGGAUUGAUUCAGAGUUGUGCCAUCUGGUAGGAGGAGAGAUGAGAGAGGUUGAGAUAAUGGAAGAGGAAGAGGUGGAUAAGCCUGAGCAUGACACUCGUAGCAACUCUUCUUCUAAGAAGGGAAGUUCAUCAGGGAGCAAGAAGUCAGGGAAAUUGGAAAAGAUCAAAUCUGCAAGCACCAAGUCUGCUUCUUCAAGCUCCUCCAAGAAGCAAUUGGAAUCUGAAGCAUCAUCAAAGUUGAGUCCUAAGGGAAAAAGUCCUCCAGAGAAACCUCCUAUUGAUAAACGGAAUGAUAAGAAUUUGAAAAAAGGAAAUGUAGGAAACAGAUUAAUGAAGAAACGGAGGGAUUCUCCUCCGGGUGGAGUGAAGUUAUUGAAUGGAACGAAGGAUGAAUCGGGGUUAGAUAAUCCAGAUCUUGGCCGGUUUUUGCUAAAGCAAGCAAGGGAUUUGGUUUCUUCAGGGGAUAAUCCUCAGAAAGCUCUUGAAUUAGCUCUUCGAGCAUCAAAAUCAUUUGAAAUAUGUGCAAAUGGUAAAUCCAGUUUAGAACUGGUAAUGUGUUUGCAUGUCACAGCGGCAAUACACUGCAGCAUAGGCCAGUACAGAGAGGCCAUUCCCAUCCUUGAGCAUUCAAUUGAGAUUCCGGUGCCUGAGGAAGGCCAAGAGCAUGCCCUUGCCAAGUUUGCUGGUUACAUGCAGUUGGGUGAUACUUAUGCGAUGCUGGGCCAGGUUGAGAAUUCAACAAAUUGCUACUCAACAGGAUUGGAGGUGCAGAAAAAAGUUCUGGGAGAAACUGACCCUAGAGUCGGUGAGACUUGUAGAUAUUUGGCUGAGGCCCAUGUUCAAGCAUUGCAGUUUGAUGAUGCUCAGAUGGUUUGUCAGAUGGCUCUAGACAUUCAUAGAGAGAAUGGCUCUCCUGCUUCUCUAGAAGAGGCAGCAGAUCGACGGCUUAUGGGUCUUAUAUGUGAAACAAAGGGAGAUCAUGAGGCUGCUCUUGAGCAUCUUGUGUUAGCCAGUAUGGCCAUGGUGGCAAAUGGCCAGGAAUCUGAGGUGGCCUCUAUUGAUUGUGGCAUUGGAGAUGCAUACUUAUCUUUGUCUAGGUAUGACGAGGCUGUUUUUGCUUAUCAAAAAGCACUCACAGCUUUUAAGACAACGAAAGGAGAGAAUCAUCCAUCUGUUGCUUCAGUGUUUGUUCGUUUGGCUGAUUUAUAUAACAAAACUGGGAAGAUGAGGGACUCUAAAUCGUAUUGUGAGAAUGCCCUUAGGAUUUAUGAAAAGCCUGUGCCAGGGAUCCCUCCAGAGGAGAUCGCUAGUGGUCUCAGUGAUGUUUCUGCUAUCUAUGAAUCAAUGAAUGAGCUUGAUCAGGCAAUCAAGUUGCUUGGAAAGGCAUUAAAGAUAUAUAAUGAUGCCCCUGGUCAGCAAAGCACUAUUGCUGGAAUCGAAGCCCAAAUGGGGGUCAUGUACUACAUGAUGGGAAAUUAUUCUGAAUCUUACAACUCCUUCAAAAAUGCAAUUUCUAAGCUCCGUGCAAGUGGAGAGAAGAAAUCUGCCUUCUUUGGCAUUGCUCUUAACCAAAUGGGUCUCUCCUGUGUUCAGCGCUAUGCUAUUAAUGAGGCAGCGGAAUUGUUUGAGGAAGCCAAGAUUAUUUUAGAACAAGAGUGCGGACCAUAUCACCCUGACACUCUUGGGGUAUAUAGCAAUCUUGCUGGCACUUACGAUGCAAUGGGCAGGUUGGAUGAUGCAAUUGAAAUCUUAGAGUAUGUAGUUGAGAUGAGAGAGGAAAAGCUUGGGACGGCAAAUCCCGAUGUUGUCGAUGAGAAAAAAAGGUUGGCCGAGCUGUUGAAAGAAGCGGGAAGAGUUCGGAGCAGAAAAGCUAGGUCACUGGAGAACCUCCUUGAUGGCAACUCUCAUGACAUAAACAAAGAUGGCAUUACGGUAUCAUAAAGAUGUUACAUGUAUAGCUGUAUUUAUUCAAACUGAACAGAAUGUAUUAUAGGAGUUAAUUUAAGAAGAAAAGAAACCAAAAGAAAAGAAGAAAGGAAUAGGUGGUUGGUGUUCUCAUAGAUUCUUAUCUGGAAACAACUGCAGUCAUGGGUUUGGUUGUCCUAUUGAUUUUCAUUUUCAUAUUUAUUUAAGUUUAUUUUUUGUGUACCUUACUGUUUAUUACUGCUGUAAAUCAUUGGUGAUAUUAGUGUUUCUCCCACAUAAUGAUCAAGAAACUAUGGAUUCAUUUGUACUGUACCUGCUACAAGAAUUGUAUGAUUGGAUAUUUAUCAUUUGAUAAUAGAAUGCCAUCAUUUGGUGUAA